AUGUCUUUAACGGUAGCGGGCGGACACACCCCGGAAGUGAUCAUCGGCGAAACCCCUGAAGCCUACAAGGAACACCUCAAGAAUUAUCUCGAAGAGAUUCUGAAGAAACUACUAUCGGCCCAUGGAAUCGUCUCCGUUGGCGUUUCGGGAGGAUCAAUGCCCCAACUGAUCGUUCCCAUUCUCUUCAGCAUCGAGGGGCUCAACUGGCGACGCAUUCGGCUUUUCAUGAUCAAACUACGCCAGGAGCUGCAGCCGGAGAUGAUCGGGUUGCGCCAGGCGCGUUAUGAUCUGCUACUGCUUGGGAUGGGACCGGAUGGGCACACGGCCAGCCUCUUCCCGAACUCUAGGAUGUUCAAACACCAAGAAGCGGGCGUCAUUGCCGUCGACGAUUCCCCGAAACCACCCCCAAAGCGCAUCACCUUGAGUGCCAACGCUAUCAAUAACGCGAAAAAUGUGGCCUUCUUGAUCACGGGUGAAGAAAAGGCGGAGGUGCUAAAGGCAGUGCUGGAUGGCGAUCUGCGGUAUCCUGCUGCCGGCGUUCGUCCGAUCAGCAACAAACUCAAAUUUAUUAUUGACAAACCGGCCGCCAGCAAAAUUCAGGCGACUCGCAAGCGCCAAUUUUUCAACAAAAAGAAUGCUGUUCGAUUUCGCUUGCUCCCCGGUGGCGGUGCGGCUGGUCAGAGUUCUGCUGAUGGAAAGGAUGUGAAGGGCAGGUUUAUACCAACGGAACAGCAGCUGGAAGAACAACACGAAUGUGGCGUAUUUUUCGAUGACGACUACGAUUACAUGCAGCAUCUCCGUUCCGCCGAAGACAAGGCCGAAAUGGUGGCUAUGGAAAUGGAGCCAGUGCCGCCGUCAAAUGUGAAGGUUCAGAAAAUGCUGCCGCCUCCGAUGCCCAGCUUUCUCUUCGGAGGUCUGGACAGUAUGAAGAGCAAGAAAGAGCCAGCACUCGAUCCGGAAGUGGAGAAUCUUCUACUUGGUGGUGAAGCCGAGGAGGAAUUAGAGGACGACUUUCUUCAGCUAGCCGGCGGGGCGCUGGAUUCUACCGCUUUUUCGUUCCGUGAAGCCGAUGAGUACGACAGUGCUGAGGAUGAGGAAGAGUAUAUUGAGCGUCUGGCCUACCGCAGCGGCGCCCGUUAUGAAUAUUCCGGGUUCGAUGAUGAUCAGGAGUCCGAAGAAGAAGACGACAAAGUUGUUCACCGUGAUCCCGUUGCUCAACGUGAUAUUGACCAAGGCUUUGAGCAAUUUAUGGACCAUGCGUAUGGAAGCGAGCAAAUUGGCGGGCUGGAGCACGAUGACCCCCGAAUGCAAGGCGUCCUCGACCCUAACAACCCUCGAAUCAUUAAAUUGAUUUCUCGCCAGAAAGGGCUUCCCGAAUACGAUCCAGAGUAUGCCAAAGAAGAUGUGCGAAAACGCAUACGAAAUUGGAAAGAAGAGGACAAGGAGGAAACCGAGAUGGUGGAGGUGGACGAAGGGGCGAGCAAACGCCUGAAAUGGGACUGCGAGUCAUUCACCACUCAGUACUCCAACAUUUAUAAUCGCCCGACGCAAAUUCGCGAAGCGCCUGGGAAACUAAGCAAAAAAGCCCUGCGUCGUUUGCAAGCAGCUGAGCCAGCAGAUACGCAGAUGGAUGAGGACUGUGAGAUGAUGGAUGACGACGAAAGCGUCAUUUCGACGGUAUCUACUCUACGUCCCAAAGGCGAAACUCCCGAAGAAAGACGGGCUCGGAAGGCCGCUAUCAAAGAAGUGCAACGGGAACGUCGUGCUGAGAAAAAGAUGAAUAAGACCGCUUUCGCUGAAGCAGCACAACGCUUCAAGCAAGACAAGCUGAACGCGAUGAAGUAUAAGCCAAUGGCU